ACAAGAAAUUAAAAUCACACAACAAUUAAUCUGUACAAUGGGACGAAAUUUGAUUCUUACCAUUGCCAUCGGGCAGCUGGUCUGUCUAAUAACCUCCCCUCCGUCGUGCCGCCGGAACACGUUCGCCGCCGCAGCUGGUGGUGGGAAGUGGGACCUUUUGUUGCCCAACGUCGGCAUUGCCGCCAUGCACAUGCAACUCCUCCACAACGACAAGGUUGUCAUCCUCGACCGCACCGACUUCGGCCUCUCCAACAUCUCCCUCCCCGCCGGCAAGUGCCGCCGAGACGUCAACGAUUUGGUUGUCAAAGUGGACUGCACCGCCCACUCCGUCGAGUACGACGUCGCCGACAACUCCGUUCGUCCACUCAUGGUCCAGACCGACGUCUGGUGCUCGUCCGCCGCCGUCAUGCCGGACGGGACCCUCGUCCAGACCGGCGGGUGGAACGACGGGGACCAUGUCGUCCGGGUCUUCACCCCGUGCAAUGACAAAAAGUGCGACUGGGUGGAGUACCCUGGCGCACUGCUCCGGUGGCGGUGGUACGCCACCAACCAUAUCCUGCCGGACGGCCGCCAGAUCAUCAUUGGCGGCCGCGAGCAGUUCAACUACGAGUUUCACCCAAAGAUCCCGGGAGGCGACCUUCUUUACGAUCUCCCGUUCUUAGCAGACACAAAUGACCCCGGGGUCGAGAACAAUUUGUACCCGUUCGUGUUCCUAAACGUGGACGGACAUUUGUUCAUCUUCGCCAACAACAGAGCAAUUUUGUACGAUUACGUCAAGCGUGUUGUGGUGAGGUUGUACCCUGAAAUGCCAGAUGGUCAACCGAGGUGUUAUCCGAGCACGGGAUCUGCGGUUCUUCUACCACUGAAGAACUUGGGAGGUCCCGUGCUGGAAGCCGAGGUUUUGGUUUGUGGCGGAGCACCGAAAGGCGCUUUUCCAGCUUCUGAGCGUGGCAACUUCAUGGGUGCCCUGAAUAAUUGCGGGAGGAUGACGAUUACCGACCCGGACCCGAAAUGGGCCAUGGAGAACAUGCCUUUUCCUCGGCUCAUGGGUGACAUGAUCACCCUCCCAAACGGGCAGAUCCUGAUCAUUAACGGGGCAGCCCGGGGCUCUGCAGGGUACAACGAUGCAAGGAAUCCGGUACUGAGACCGGUUAUCUACCACCCCGAGAACCCGAUUGGGGCCCGAUUCGAAGUCGAGAACCCGAGUGGGAUCCCGAGGAUGUACCACUCGUCAGCAAUAUUGCUUCGAGACGGUCGAGUUCUUGUGGGUGGCAGUAACCCGCACCCGAACUACGUGUUCGAAGAUGUCCUGUUCCCAACAGAGUUGAGGCUCGAAGCAUACUCACCGCCGUAUCUGGACCCGACGUCCGCGGAGUUGCGCCCGCACAUCACGUUCCCCGGUUUGCAUUCGAAAAUCGGUUAUGGUCAGGAAAUAGCAGUCAAAUUCACGGUAGGCCCCAGAUUCGACGGGAACUCAGUAACGCUCCUCCGCAACGACAGGGUGGUCAUCUACGACCGCACCGACUUUGGCCUCUCCAACUUGUCCCUCCCCGCCGGGAAAUGCCGUUUCGACCCCAACGACCGGGUUCUUCCGGUCGACUGUAGCGCCCACUCCGUCGAGUACGAUGUCGCUUCAAACUCCCUGCGGCCGCUCACCGUCACCACCGACGUCUGGUGCUCCUCGGGCUCCGUCGCCCCUGACGGAGCCCUUGUCCAGACCGGCGGGUACAACGACGGUGAUCAUGUCGUUAGGGUAUUCCGUCCGUGCGAGGACGGGCAGUGCGACUGGGAGGAGAUGGGAGGUGGGCUGGUCCAGCGGCGGUGGUACGCCACCAACCACAUCUUGCCGGACGGCCGCUUGAUCGUUAUCGGCGGCCGUCGGGCUUUCAGCUACGAGUUUUACCCGAAAGCAGAAACCAGAGACCAUGCAUAUAGUCUCCGGUUCCUGGUCCACACCAAUGACCGGUACGAGGAGAACAACUUGUACCCGUUCGUUUUCUUGAACGUCGACGGGAAUCUCUUUGUUUUCGCGAACAACCGAGCAAUCUUGCUCGAUUAUUCGAGGAAUGUCGUUCUGAGGACGUUCCCGGAGAUGCCCGACGGGCACCCGAGGUGUUACCCGAGCACGGGCUCGGGCGUGGUUUUGCCGCUGAAGAACACUUCGUCUAUGGCUGCCACUCUCACGGCGGAGGUAUUGGUGUGUGGAGGAGCGCCGAGGGGCGCGUACCUCAACGCUCAGAAUGGGAAGUUCUUAGGUGCACUCAACACUUGUGGACGGAUCCGGAUAACCGACCAGAACCCGCAAUGGGAGAUGGAGUCCAUGCCGAUGGCCCGCUUGAUGGGCGACAUGGUCACCCUACCUAACGGGGAAAUCCUCAUCAUAAACGGGGCCGCCUCCGGGUCCGCUGGAUGGGAAUUCGGGAGGGACCCAGUCUUGAAUCCGGUUCUCUACCGACCCGACCAACCGGUCGGGGCCCGAUUCAUGGUACUGAACCCAUCUCGAAUCCCCAGAAUGUACCACUCGACCGCGAUUCUGAUCCGUGACGGUCGCGUUCUGGUUGGGGGUAGCAACGUUCACGAAGCGUACAACUUCACCAACGUCAUGUUCCCAACAGAGCUGAGAUUAGAAGCGUUUUCGCCUCCGUACCUAGACCCAACGCUCGCGAACAACCGACCAGUCAUCAUAUCGCCCACCCCAAAUUCACAAUUCGCGUACGGGAAUCGGUUCUCGGUUCGUUUCAAACUCGCAGGCGGGGUGGCGAACAAGAAUUCAGUCACAGUCACAAUGGUUGCGCCUUCAUUUAACACACAUUCUUUUUCCAUGAACCAGAGGCUGCUGCUACUCGAUUCUUUGGGUGUAAAACCAAUUGGGAAAAACGGGUACCAAAUCGACGUGGUCAUGCCGGGUUCGGGUAAUCUAGCCCCAUCGGGUUACUAUCUGCUCUUUGUGGUGAAUCAGGAUAUACCCAGCGAGGGUAUUUGGAUACAUAUUCACUAAGAAAUUUAUACACAUAUUCAAUGUAUAUUUGUACUUUAUUUGUCAUAAUUUAUUGUGUCCACUUUGAGAGGGCACUUUUACUAAUAAAAUGAUUUUUGUUAAAAUUAAAUUCUAUGUGAAAGAAAGAAAAAUAUUGGGAAUAUAAUGUUCUAAAUGUAAAAUAUAUGUACAAUAAAACAAGAUAUACCCAGCGUGGGUAUUUACAAAUUUUUUGUGUGUCUAUUUUAACUAGAUACUUUUACUAAUAAAUUGAAAACAAUUGCGCUAAACUUCACGCAAAAACACAAGUCAUCCAGAAUAUAAUAAUGUGAAUCAUAAAAUAAACUCGGAAUGUUUUG